AUGAGAUGGGAUGCUAUUAAUGACCAGAUAUUUUUGAACCAGAGAUCUAUAAAUAGGCUCAAUCCGAUGACAAAACGUACCAUACUCCAAGAAACGGCGAAAUUGUAUGAUCCUCUUGGAUUCUUCAGCCCAUUAACGAUAAGAGCUAAGCUCCUACUACAAGACAUAUGGAAAGAAAAAUACGAAUGGGACGCACCACUUCCGGAAGCCAUACAGACACAGUGGCAGAAUAUAGCAGAAGAUAUCAAUGGUACAAUUACGAACAAAUUUCAAAGAUACUACUUUGAUAAAGCAGACAUAAAAAUCACUUCCGGUAAUGUAGGGAACCAGACAGAACUAGCAGAUGAUACAAUUUCCCUUCAUGUAUUUUGCGAUGCAAGUCUACAAGCCUAUGGAUCAGUGGCAUACAUCGUCAAAGGCAAACAGUCUACAUUGGUCAUGUCGAAAACUCGUGUUUCACCACUUAAGCAAUUGACACUACCGAAACUCGAACUUAUGGCUGCGGUUAUUGGAGCCCGUCUUACAAAACACGUGUUAAAGUCUAUACCAGCACAUUCAGUCUACAUAUGGUCUGACAGCCAAAUAGUUCUUCAUUGGUUAGCGACUAAUCGGAAGUUGAAGACAUUUAUACAAAACAGGGUCACGGAAAUUCACGAAAUUACAGAGAACCGGAAGUGGAGGUAUUGUCCAACAGACCAGAAUCCAGCCGAUCUAUUAACAAGAGGUUUGUCAGCCAAGGAAUACCAGAAAAGCAGAUUAUGGAAUAAUGGCCCAAAAUGGCUUCCUGACAUUAAUAGUUGGCCUAGCUGGCAAGCAAAUGACAAUGCCAUUUUGUUCACAACAACCGAAAAUGAAGAAGAUGAUUUAAACCAUGAAAGGUGUUCGAACCUUACACAGCCCUCUCAAGAAAUUCACCAACUCAUUGAUGUUGAGAAAUUCAGUCGCUAUAAGAAGCUACUCAGAGUAACUGCCUAUGUGAAACGUUUUAUCCAUAAUUGUCGCACAAGAAACAGAGCCAGAAGAAUGUCAAGACUCGAACCUUUAACCGUUCAAGAGUUACAAGAGGCUGAACGACUGUGGCUACAUAACACCCAGUUCUUGAAGUAUCAGGCUGAGAUAAAUAAUCUGAAAUCAAAUGGUAAACGACUUACUCUAGUGAAACAUUUACGACUUUCCUUGGAUGAAGAUGGAUUUCUACGAUGUGGCGGGAGAAUCCACAAUGCACCAGUAAUAGAAUUCACCAGAUUUCCAUACUUACUUCCCGCAAAACAUCCUUUCACACGGUUAGUAGUUUUAGACGCACAUGAGAACCAACUUCACGCAGGCACAAGUGCAUUGAUCACACAUUUACGACAGAGAUACUGGAUACCCUCUAUCCGUCAGUAUAUACAAAGCCUUCUCCGGAAAUGCGUUCAAUGUCGAAUGGUAACUGGCAACCAUAUACAGCACCAGAUCCACCACCCCUACCAAAAAUUAGAGUACAAGAUACAUCUCCAUUUACAGUCACCGGGGUUGAUUUCUCGGGAGCACUGUAUGUACGAAGCAAUUCUAGAAUUGAGCAUAAGGCUUAUAUUUUGUCUAUUUACGUGCGCUUCAACAAGAGCUGUCCAUCUCGAGCUGGUACCAGAUUUAUCAGAAGAAACUUUCAUCCAAGCGUUUAGAAGAUUUACAAGUCGAAAAUCCCUACCCCAUAUAAUGAUAUCAGACAACGCAACAACAUUCAAUGCAGCAGCAAAUACCAUUCAACAACUCAUGAGAUCAACGGCAGUUAAUGACGCUCUACACAGCCAUGGUACUGAAUUGAGAUUCAUACCUAAGCGAGCACCAUGGUUUGGCGGUUGGUGGGAGCGACUUAUUGGACUAACAAAAUCCACCAUCAAGAAAGUUUUAGGUCGUUCAUUUAUUAGUUACGAGAGCCUCCAGACAAUAGUAACAGAGAUUGAGGGUAUAAUGAACGACAGACUGCUUACUUACGUCACUUCCGAUAUAGGAGACCCGGACCCAUUAACACCGGCGCAUCUGCUUUAUGGACGUCGUAUAACAUCCCUUCCAUAUGAUGGCAAUACACCAGAACCACAGAAUGUUACAAUGUCUGACGUAACAAAAAGGGCAAGAAUGCAGGCACAACUUAUCAGUCAUUAUCGUUUACGAUGGAGUCACAAAUAUCUUACGUCACUACGUCAGUACCACGAAACAACAGGAAACAACACUCAGACAGUUCAGGUUGGCGACGUUGUACAGAUUUAUGAUGAAUCACCAAGAACGCAGUGGAAACUAGGCGUAAUCCAGCAGUAA